AUGCCUAUCCUCGCUUCAUUAGUGAGCUCAUGGCUUGGCGUGCCGGCGGCUUCUGACAACAAGCCUACGCCUCAGCAGAACCAAGAAGCAACAACUCCAUCACGCCAGACCUCACCAAAAACCGGCUCUAUCAUCACUGCAACACCAACUCCACAGGCAUUACCGUCGUCAUCGAUAACGCCAGCACACCCCCAGUCAACAUGGGAACGCUCCUUUAGACAAAUGGGCUUAUUACUCACUGGAGCAGGAUUUCUUGCUGCAUCUGUAGCUGUAUCACGACGCUCAGUGCUGCGGAUGCGCAAGGACUCCCUGCCCAAGUUUUACUCUUCCAACCAGAAUCCUAUCAAGGUCGACAUGGGAGAGCGAUCUUUUCUAGCUGCACAGGCUCUUGGGCUUGCCACGCUAAAUGUCAUGAGCUUUGGUGUCAUGCUGGUCGGAGGAAUUUCCUGGGCGUUCGACCUCGCGUCUAUCGCGGAACUAAGGGAGCGAACUCAGGCUGCUGUCCGCAGGCCCGGGUCGGUGAAUCCUGAGGAUGAGAAGGCCAUGGAGGAACUUAUGGAGGACCUCAUGGGUAAACUCGGGAUGGACAAACCCCAGAAACCUUCAAAUACCCCAGAAGAGAACGAGAAGUGA